AUGAAUAAGAAGCUCAAGCUUUUCUCUAUGCCAGGCGCACAAACAUCUCAAAUCGUGAUCAUGUUGUUCCAAAGCCUACUGCAUCUUCUCGAAGCUAUCGCUUCGCGGGAGCCGACACGCUACAUUAUUACCUAUUCUAUUGGAAACACCCAUACGCCGGAGAUAUUUUCAUACUCCGACCUCUUACAAUCAGCCAGAAAGGCCGCCGGAGCUCUUCGUUUCAAAUACCAUGUCGUCCCCGGAUCGGUUGUUCUUCUACACUUUAAUGAUCAUUGGAAUUCGAUGUUGUGGUUCUGGGCCACCCUCAUAGCAGACUGUAUCCCAGCUAUGUCCACUCCAUUCUCCAACAAUCCCGAGACAAGAUUACGCCAUUUGAAACACCUAUCAACCACUUUAAGGAGUCCGAAAUGCCUGACCACGGCUUCUCUGGCCGCGGAAUUCGCUGGCCAAGAAUACAUUACACCAAUCUGCGUGCAAUCGCUUGAUUACGAAAACCUGGUACAUUUACCGAUCAAGGAGGGGGGCGACAUUGCAGUGCUUAUGUUUACGUCUGGGAGCUCAGGCCACUGCAAGGUCGUGCCUUUGACUCACGAGCAGAUAUUGGCAUCUCUUUCGGGAAAAGCAUGGACCUUCCCACUGCCAGACAACACGGCACAGCUGAAUUGGGUCGGAAUGAAUCAUGUCGCCUCUUUGGUCGAAGUUCAUCUCUUCAGCAUCUAUACCCACAGUGAUCAAGUCCAUAUCCCAACAGUUGAAGUCUUGUCUCACGUUACCCUGUUCCUUGAUUUGAUACAUCGACACCGUGUGUCUCGAACUUUCGCACCUAACUUUUUCCUCGCAAAACUACGCGCAGCAUUGAGUGCGGAUGAUACCUUGGCCAAGUACACCGGGAGUCUCAGCAACCUGCGGUAUAUUGUCUCCGGUGGCGAGGCGAACGUUACCCAGACGAUCAAUGAUUUGGCCCAGAUGCUGAAGAAGUGUGGAGCUGUCUCGAACGUAAUUGUGCCUGCCUUCGGCAUGACAGAGACCUGUGCGGGCGCCAUUUACAAUACCUCGUUUCCCCAGUAUGAUGUCGAGCACGGACUUCCAUUUGCUUCCGUGGGGUCCUGCAUGCCAGGGAUCCAAGUGAGAAUUGUCCAGCUUAAUGGAAACGGCAAUAGUGUUCCUCCGGGCACAGUAGGUAAUCUCGAGAUCUGCGGUCCGGUGGUUCUCAAAGGUUAUUUCAACAAUCCUGCUGCUACAAAGUCGACAUUCACGAACGACAAUUGGUUCAAAACCGGAGAUUUAGCUUUCGUUGACGAUAACGGAAUGCUGGUACUUGCUGGACGUGAAAAGGAUAGCAUCAUUGUGAAUGGGGCCAACUACAGUCCACACGAUAUCGAGUCCGCCAUCGACGAAGCAAACAUCCCCGGCCUUAUCUCUGGUUUCACUUGUUGUUUCUCCACGUUCCCGCCCAGCGCAGACACAGAGGAGGUCAUCAUUGUUUAUCUCCCAAAUUACACACCAGCGGACACAGUUCGACGAUCUGAAACUGCAGCCGCGAUCAGAAAGGUCGCCAUGAUGUCAGUCGGCGUGCGUGCCACAGUUCUCCCGCUCGACCGGACAAUGCUGGAGAAAUCGACUCUGGGCAAGCUUGCCCGCGGCAAGAUCAAGGCUGCUUAUGAAAGGGGAGACUAUAAAAGUUAUCAAGAAGCGAACGAACAGAUGAUGGCUCUACACCACAAAGUGUCGCAUCAUCAGCCGCGGUCUGGUCUCGAACAGAGUCUACUCGGCGUCUUCACCCGCACUAUACCCGAGAACUUGACGGAGGACUUCGACGUGUUGACGUCAAUAUUUGAUCUGGGAAUCACAUCCAUCGAGCUCCUCAAGCUCAAGAGAGGUAUCGAAGAUCUGAUAGGUCACGGACAGAUUCCUCUCAUCACCCUGAUGACAAACCCCACUAUCCGGACAUUAUCAGACGCGCUGAAGCAGCACGCUCAGCAAAGAGACUGCAGCAUAUACAACCCUGUAGUCGUAUUACAGAGUCAAGGCAAAAAACCACCCAUCUGGCUUGUCCACCCAGUCGGCGGAGAAGUCAUGAUAUUCAUGAACCUAGCAAAGUUUAUCAUCGAUCGACCUGUGUAUGGGCUGCGAGCACGCGGGUUCAACGACGGUGAGGAUCCAUUCCACACGUUCGAAGAAAUAGUCAGCACAUAUCAUGCAAGUAUCAAGGAAAAGCAACCAAGUGGCCCGUACGCAAUUGCCGGUUAUUCCUACGGCGCGAAAGUUGCAUUUGAUAUUGCCAAGGCCCUGGAGCACAAUGGAGACGAGGUCCGCUUUCUGGGUUUGCUUGAUCUUCCACCUAGUCUGAAUGGUACGCAGAUGCGUGCAGUCGCCUGGAAGGAAAUGCUGCUUCAUAUAUGCCGUAUGGUUGGUGUGAUUCGGGAGGAGGGCAUCAAGAAAAUAUACCCGAGGUUGGAACCAGAAAAUAUCUCUCCACGCCAUGCGAUAGAAACAGUGAUGGGUGAGGCUGAUGUCACGCGAUUGGCGGAACUAGGGUUGACAGCGUCCGCGUUGGAGAGGUGGGCUAAUCUAACACAUGCUCUGCAACGUUGUAUUGUCGAUCAUAAGACGAAUGGCUCCGUUGCAGGCGCUGACGCGUUUUACUGUGAUCCAAUGGCUUCGAUGGCGAUAUCGAACGAGCAAUGGGCAUGUGACUAUAUUGGGAAGUGGAGUGACCAUACACGGUCACCACCGAGGUUCCAUCACAUUGCGGGGACGCAUUACACCAUACUGGAUGCAGAAAAUAUCUUCUCAUUUCAGAAGACAUUUCUCAGGGCGCUGAAUGACCGUGGAAUCUAA